CUCUCAAAGAGCAUGCCUGCCAUCAGAUCCCUGCUCUUUUCAUCAUGUUCCAGUGCUUCUGAAAUACUCAUCUUUACAACCAUGGCACCAACAAGUUGGUGUGAGGGUUUGAACAUGAGUACCCAGCCACACACUGUGACCAAGGUAGAGAUCCCUGGCCAUGUUCUUUACACCGUAGGAACAUGUGUGCUCAUUAUUGGCUCCAUUGGCAUCAUCGGAAACCUCCUAGUCCUCUACGCAUUUUACAGCAACAAGAAGCUGAGGACUCCCCAAAACUACUUUAUAAUGAAUUUAGCUGUGAGUGACUUCCUGAUGUCGGCUUCUCAGGCACCCAUGUGCUUUGUCAACAGCUUGCACAGAGAAUGGAUACUUGGAGACAUAGGCUGUAACCUGUAUGCUUUCUGCGGGGCUCUCUUUGGGAUAACCUCGAUGAUGACUCUGUUGGCUAUCUCUGUUGACCGCUACCUGGUGAUCACAAAGCCCCUGCAGUCCAUCCAGUGGACUUCCAAGAGACGCACCAUGCAGAUCAUCGCUCUAGUGUGGCUCUACUCGCUGGGAUGGAGCGUGGCUCCGCUCCUCGGCUGGAGUUCCUAUGUGCCUGAGGGCUUGAUGAUAUCCUGUACAUGGGACUAUGUAACCUACUCCCCUGCAAACAGAAGCUAUACCAUGAUUUUAUGCUGCUGCGUGUUUUUUAUCCCCCUGAUAAUAAUAUUCCACUGCUAUUUAUCAAUGUUCCUGGCCAUAAGGCGUACUGGCAGGGAUGUUCAAAAGCUGGGGUCCUGCAGCCGGAAAUCCUACCUCUCUCAGUCCAUGAAGAAUGAGUGGAAGCUGGCAAAAAUUGCUUUUGUGGUGAUCAUUGUGUUUGUCUUGUCCUGGUCUCCAUAUGCUUGUGUCACCUUGAUUGCCUGGGCAGGUCGAGGCAACAGCCUAACACCAUAUUCCAAAUCUGUGCCAGCAGUAAUUGCCAAAGCUUCUGCUAUCUACAACCCCAUCAUAUAUGCAAUAAUUCACCCAAGAUACAGAAAAACCAUCCACAAAGCUGUUCCCUGCCUGAGGUUCCUGAUACGAAUAUCGAAGAAUGACCUCCUGAGGGGAUCCAUAAAUGAGUCAUCAUUCAGAACCUCUCUCUGCAGCCACCACUCUCUUGCUGGCAGGACCAAGAGCACAUGUGUUUCCUCCAUUUCUACUGGAGAAGCUAUCUGGAGCAAUGUGGAGCUCGACGCUGUAGAGCCAGCUCAAGAGAAAUUGAAGCCUCGCCGAAGUCACUCUUUCUCCACAAGUCUGAGACAAGAGAAGAGAGACCUGCUCCCAAAGACCUGCAGCUGCGAUGCAGCCACUGCCAAAAAGGUUUCGCUCUCCUCCAGCUGUUUGGAGAAGGUUCUUGGGCAGCCUGUCCUACCCAAUCCCUCUUCAGCACUUGUGACCAGCUCCCUGAGAGCAACAUCUCUGCCUGUCAGAUUGAAUAGCAGCAGUGUCACCAGAGGAGACUCAAGUACUUCCCAUAUGGAAACUCAAGGAAGUCAAGUGAAUGGAGUUGUGGAUUCUGUUAUUAGCAAUGCAGUCCCUCGCAUCAUCAUCAUUCCUACCUCAGAGACAAAUCUGUUUCGGGAAGAACUGGAAGAGGAAGAGACUGAAUUAUUCCACUUUCAUGACAAAAAGGGCAAUCUGCUGGACUUGGAAGGGCUUAGCUCAUCCAUGGAGUUCCUUGAAGCUGUUGAGAAAUUUCUAUCAUAA